AUGAGCUCCUCAUCAUCUUCGGCCGCCGUGUCGCCAACUGAGCAGACGUUCCCCUACAACAAGGGCUACACGUACUCGGCCCCCGGACAACAUGCAAUGGCUCAAAGUGCCCAGCCCAGAAUGUUCAACAGCAAGACACAGCCCUCCGAACUGUCGAACAGCUACUUCCCCGACAAGGCCACCGCCGACUCAUCGAACUCUACAUCCCCAGACGUGUCAGUCCCCGGCACCCCGCUACCCCUCCAGACGCCCAUCACCCCAUCGGCAAACUACCCGCUCCCGCCUCUCGACCGCGUCUACGUGAAGCCGGCACAUGAGCUCGACGUCGCCGCGCAGCUCGCCAAGAAGCCCGGGUACUGGUCCGUCCAGGGCUGGGUGCAGCGGACCGCGAGCAUGGACGCCAAGCGCAGGGCCGAGUGCCCUGAGACCCGGGCGCGCAAGUUUGCCGAGACGAAGAAGGAGCUGCUUGCUUCGGCUGGCCGAUUCUAG